GACGGGAUCCCGCCUGCAGUGUUCUCGUCGGGUCCGCUGCGCCCAUCGCGUGUAUGGCCGGCCUCUGACGUAGGACGAGAGCAAUUCAAUACCACAGCCACCGCUUUGGCUAUAGUUUCCAAAACACGGCCUUGUGUGUGCGGCUGCCGGCUGCGCUUGCCAGCGAACGAUUGCGACAGCUGUACAAGCUCCAACGAAAAUGCCUGAGCUAGAUGUGCGGUGUACGCGAAGUGCCAUACUCGGCAACUAGUCUCGACAUCAUCGUGCAGGGUCCUCGUUCAAAACGUCCGGCGCCCGAACCCUUGUGGGUCUUUGACAACGGUAGACCCCAAACUUCUGCACCAUCCGUCAUGUCAAAUGGUGCACGGAGCCGACUUUCGAUCUCAAGUUGCAGAUAUAAGCGGAUACACAACGCUAGCCGCGUGUGCAAUCUGCUAGUCUUGGGCACCAAUAGUUCUCAUCAUGUAUACAACGUCGUGGCCAGCAUACGACUACACUGGCGUGGUGGAACAUAUCGCAAGCCCAUGAAAAUUGCGUAUGCUACCGGACAGCUUGGAGUUUGGGAUAGAGUAGUGAGGCUCUAAAUGAGCUGGCCUAAUGACGACUUUCUCUGCAUCAUC